AUGGCUCCAGCCAUUGGUAUCGAUCUUGGAACUACCUACUCUUGUGUGGGUAUCUUCCGUGAUGACAGAAUAGAAAUCAUUGCCAACGACCAGGGUAACCGCACAACGCCUUCCUUCGUUGCCUUCACCGACACAGAGCGUCUGAUCGGUGAUGCCGCGAAGAACCAAGUCGCCAUGAACCCAGCAAACACAGUCUUCGACGCCAAGCGACUCAUCGGUCGCAAGUUCGCAGAUGCUGAGGUCCAGGCUGACAUGAAGCAUUUCCCCUUCACCGUCCUCGACCGUGGUGGAAAGCCAGUCUGCGAGGUUGAGUUCAAGGGCGAGAAGAAGCAAUUCACCCCAGAAGAAAUCUCUUCCAUGAUCUUGGUUAAGAUGAGGGAGACUGCUGAGGCAUACCUCGGUGGAACCGUCAACAACGCUGUUGUUACCGUACCAGCUUAUUUCACCGACUCCCAACGUCAAGCCACCAAGGAUGCUGGUUUGAUCGCUGGUCUCAACGUUCUCCGAAUCAUCAACGAGCCAACUGCCGCUGCCAUUGCUUACGGUCUCGACAAGAAGGUCGAGGGUGAGCGAAACGUUCUCAUCUUCGAUCUCGGAGGAGGAACCUUCGAUGUGUCUCUCCUCACCAUUGAAGAGGGUAUCUUCGAGGUCAAGUCCACUGCCGGUGACACCCACUUGGGAGGUGAGGAUUUCGACAACAGACUCGUUAACCACUUCGUAAACGAAUUCAAAAGAAAGCAUAAGAAGGAUCUUUCCAGCAACGCCCGUGCUCUCCGUCGUCUUCGCACAGCAUGCGAGCGGGCCAAGCGUACCCUCUCUUCAUCCGCCCAAACCUCCAUUGAAAUCGACUCUCUCUUUGAGGGUAUUGACUUCUACACCUCCAUCACACGUGCCCGUUUCGAAGAGCUCUGCCAGGACCUCUUCAGAUCCACCACUACCCCAGUCGACCGUGUCCUCGCAGAUGCCAAGAUUGACAAAUCGAAGGUCCACGAGAUCGUCCUUGUUGGAGGCUCCACCCGUAUUCCCAGAAUCCAAAAGCUCAUCACCGACUACUUCAACGGCAAGGAGCCCAACAAGUCCAUCAACCCCGAUGAGGCUGUUGCCUACGGUGCUGCCGUCCAAGCUGCCAUUCUCUCUGGUGACACUUCAUCCAAGUCCACCAACGAGAUCCUCUUGCUCGAUGUCGCGCCAUUGUCCAUUGGUAUCGAGACUGCUGGUGGCCAGAUGACCAAGCUUAUCCCAAGAAACACCACUAUCCCAACCAAGAAGUCCGAGGUCUUCUCUACCUUCUCAGACAACCAACCUGGUGUACUUAUCCAAGUCUUCGAGGGUGAGCGUCAACGUACCAAGGACAACAACCUCUUGGGCAAGUUCGAGCUCACUGGUAUCCCACCUGCGCCUCGUGGUGUCCCUCAAAUUGAGGUCACCUUCGAUGUUGAUGCCAACGGUAUCAUCAACGUUUCCGCUCUUGAGAAGGGUACCGGCAAGUCUAACAAGAUCGCCAUCACCAACGAGAAGGGUCGUCUGUCCAAGGAGGAGAUCGAGCGCAUGUUGGCUGAGGCUGAGAAGUACAAGGCUGAGGAUGAAGCCGAGGCUGGCCGUAUCUCCGCCAAGAACGGACUCGAAUCAUAUGCCUACUCGCUGAAGAACACUCUCUCCGACUCGAAGGUCGAUGAGAAGCUCGAGCCUGCCGACAAGGAGUCCCUGAAGGCCGAGAUUGACAAGACCGUCUCUUGGUUGGACGAGUCUCAACAAGCCACCAAGGAGGAGUACGAGGAGCAUCAGAAGGAGUUGGAGGCAGUUGCCAACCCAAUCAUGAUGAAGUUCUACGGUGCCGGUGGCGAAGGUGCAGGUGGUAUGCCAGGAGGCAUGCCCGGUGGUGCAGGCGGAUUCCCAGGUGCAGGUGGCCCUGGUGCCGGUGCUACCCACGAUGAUGGUCCAACUGUCGAGGAGGUUGACUAG